AUGAGGCAUGCCACGCAAUUGAGACUCUUCUCGUCUCCUUCCACUCCUAUCAGCAGGUCGGAUCACGCCGCUCCUUCCCGCACUCCUCCAGAAGGGCUUCAUUUUGAGAGAACGUCAACACUGUGUGGACAAAAUAUGGAACGCUUCAAGGUGACUUCUCUCGGAGGUGGAAAGAAAUAUGGGGCAGCAAAUGUUGAAGAGGACUUUGGUAAGGUUGAGAAUGGUGAUGACACCAAGAGUGAUCAUGCAUUGGAUGAUGCUUCGGUGAUGGUUGAGCCUGCUUCUGGACCCAGCACUCCUCCUCCUGCUGGCAAUGACACAAGGCCUAUUGUUGAUGGGAAGGAGGACAAUGCAGAAAUGUACUCAGCUCACAAUCUUUACUUGUAUGAUGAGGAGAUGCAAGGACGACCUAAAGUGGCAGCCUUCCUCAGUUCACUGGGAGAUUACAGUGCCACCAUUGAGGCUGCUCCAGCUGAUCCAGAUUCAAAGAGUCACCAGGCUAAGGGUGGUGCUCAGAUGGGGACUCUGAUUGGUGUCUAUCUUCCAUGCAUGCAGAACAUUUUUGGGACACUUCUGACGUCCAUCUCAAUGAGUGCAGUAGCUACAAAUGGUGUUGUACCAGCUGGAGGCUCAUAUUAUAUGAUAUCACGGGCUCUGGGCCCAGAAUUUGGUGGAGCUGUUGGCCUUCUCUUCUAUCUUGGCACAACAGUUGCAGGCGCUAUGUACAUAAUUGGAGCUGUUGAAAUUCUUCUGCUCUAUAUGGCACCUGGCAUGUCUGUUGGAGGAGAUGUCCAGGUGGAUCUAGAAGCCCGCUUCAACAACUUCCGUCUCUAUGGCUCUUGUUUGCUUUUUCUUCUCUGUUGUAUCAUCUUUGUUGGGGUCAAGAUGGUGAACAAGUUUGCAAGUGUGGCUCUUGCUUGUGUGCUCCUAUCCAUCUUGGCAGUCUAUACUGGAAUCUUUGUGAAUGUGAAUGGGAAUGACAGCCUGAUGAUGUGCUUAUUGGGGAAUCGUCUCCUGAAUCAAGACAAAAUUGGAGGGAAUUGUUCAAAGGAAUUUGGAACUCCACUUUUCAAGUCCCUCUGUUCAUUGAAGGACAAUGUGUCUAGUCCUACCAAUGAAAGCAGUUAUGAAUGUGAUCCAUACUUCCAUGAGAACGAAGUUGAAUCGGUCCCUGGCAUCCCUGGUCUGAGUUCUGGUGUCUUCUUGAGGAAUAUCCAGUCAUCUUAUCUGUACACUGGAGCCUAUAUGUCACGAUAUGAUGAGAAGGAUGAUGCUAUAGGAGUUGGUGUCAUUGAUGAAUUCUCACCAUUUGUUCAGGCAGAUAUUACAACCUCCUUCAUUGUGCUCAUCGGCAUUUUCUUCCCUUCUGUCACUGGGCUGCACCGACGUAUUGACAACCACAGAGAUUCGCCUCUGGUGUUGCACCAUUGA